CCAAUACAGGCGCUGGCCAUAAUCUCCAAAACCGCUGUUGAAGUUACCGCGCGUUCUCGGCUUUACUCAAAAAUCGUUUUUUUUUUAACCAUUUUUAUUGUACUUAUAUUAUAAGAAGCCCGCAAGCCAGAGCCGUCUGCGUUUUUGUCGAAAGUGUCAUUUUUUUGUUCCGUUUUAAGAACAUGACUCUGGUGUCCGUUUGAGUUUGGACCCGCCAUGUCUUCGUACCUGUCACCCAGUGACAUGAACGGCAGCGUCAGCCUGUCUCCCAGCAGCUGCAUGGAAGUGCUCAGCGAGAGUUCCGCGUCCAGUGUUGGUGGCAGUGGAACAGUGACAGUUUCCGACUUUUUGCAAGCGAAGCGCAACCUGCCGUUCUCGUCCGAACAAAUAUCGUGCAUGUGCGAAGCCCUUCAGCAGUCCGGCGACGUGGACAGGCUAGCCAGGUUCCUCUGGUACCUGCCGCCCAGCGAGUCUCUGCGCGACCAAGAGGCCGUUCUCCGGGCUAGAGCACUUGUAGCCUUCCACAGGAGCGCUUUUCGCGAGCUUUACGCGAUUUUAGAGAGCCAAAGCUUUGAUCCCAGACACCAUGUGCAGCUUCAGCAGUUGUGGUUCAAGGCGCAUUACUUGGAAGCCGAGAAGAUCCGUGGCCGGUCGUUGGGCGCUGUUGACAAGUAUCGGUUGCGCAAGAAGUAUCCGCUGCCCAAGACCAUAUGGGACGGCGAGGAGACCGUGUACUGUUUCAAGGAAAAGUCGAGAAACGCGCUCAAAGACUGUUACCUAAAGAACAGGUAUCCGACUCCCGACGAGAAACGGGACUUGGCCAGGCGGACGGGCCUUACCCUCACGCAGGUCAGCAAUUGGUUCAAAAACCGCCGGCAGCGAGAUCGGACGCCGCAACAACACAGUGAUUUGCUGAGCGUGGGCAGUUCAGACAGUCGUCACUACGAGAUGACCGAAGUGCACCACGGCGUGAAGCCGGCCAUGGCCUGUUAUCAGAGCGCGGCGCUGGCGGCCACCGGCAAGAUGGGCCCGUCGGCCACCUCUCUCAAGACCGAAGCCACCACGCCCGGUUACCCGUCGGACGCCGACAUGGUCGCCGGUUACCCGUCGUCGGCCGACUACCAAAACCACCACCUCCAACACCACCACUCCCAUCAUUACAACAACAACAACAAUGACAGUAGCAGUAACAACACUCACCUCAGUCAUCUUUAUCACCAUCACCACCAUCAGAUGCUGCAGCCAAUACCGCAGACGACGGCUGCGUCUCAUUCGUAAUAAUCUAUUACCAACAAUGCACAUGUUUUGUAAUGUUAAUACUCAGGUUCAUAUUUGCCCUUAAUGGCCGUAUAAUUUCAAAAAACAAAAACAUAGAUAACAUUUUAAAAAAGUAAUACUUAUAGUCAAUAGGUUAUUGGUUACAGCUAUUAUUUUGUAGAUAAAUUAGACGAACCACAAAAAUACCAGAAUACAUAAGAUAUACCGUACACUUACAUACUGGGGUGAUUUGUAUGAGAGUAAAAUGUCUUAAAACUCCCAAGUUUUCACUCUAUGGUCAGAAAUACAAUUCAAUAUCAUAAAUUCUAAUAUAUUUUUGAACAAAUUUAAAAUAGGGACGAUAUUAAUAGACUUUCAAAAAUAUAGAUAUUAGCUACAGAAAUAACAAUAAAAAAAUCUGUAAGAUAAAAGCAAAUAUAUUUAUAAACAGUACUCGAAUUGGAAGGGGGGCGUGGGCCCCGACUGAGUACCCUAAAUAUUUUUUCAGAAAUCGUAGCGUACCCCUACUAAUUUUUAUAAAAUAAAUUUGUACAAAAAUGCAGGGUAUGCUCUUUUUUAAUCGUAGUCGUUCCCCCUAUUCUUAUUUAUUUUCAACUCGAGUACUGUUUAUUAAUUAUAUAUAAUAUAAUACAUCAAGGCUACUAAAAAAAAACUUCUUGAUUCGCCUAACGAUAUUAUUUAUUAAAAUGUUCAUCAUUAUUUUAUCUCUAUCAAUUUUAAAAUAAUUACAAAUAACUUAUAACAUUAAAUUGUUAUUAAAGUCACGCCAGUUUACAGUAUUCACAUUUCACAGUAUUUAAUUCUCAAAAGUGAAAAGGUAGCUCCAAAGACUUUUAAAACGAGUUUACAAUAUAAUUUUAUAAAAACAAAGUUGUUUAGUUCUUUUCAAUGGGAUACGCUACCUAAAAUAUCAUUGAUCGCAUGUAUAGCUAAUUCAUAAUUUAUUAAUUUGUAUGUAGUUACAUACUAUUGAUACUUUACAUCAGAACAAUGCUAAAUGCUGUUUUUUUUUGUAUCUAAGGCAAUCACCAAGUGACCACGUAUGAACCAAGUAAUAAAAAUAAUGCUUUACGUUGAUUGUAUAUAAUAUGAACAUUUUUCUUUCCCCUCUGUUUUUUACAAUUAUCUCGAUUUGAAUUAAGCAUGUAUUUUAGUAAAUGUUUCUCCAUAAGAUUUUGUAUUGUACCUACAGUAUAACAGUAGGAAUUAGUAAUAAUAUUAUUUUGUUACCUAAAAAACAUCAAAUCUCUUACACUGUAUAUUAUAUCGUUAUUAGGAACUUAUCAAAAUGGUAAUUACGCAACUCAUUUUUAAAGUUGCAUUUCUUUUACAAACCUAGAAUGAAAACAAAUCAUUAUGAAUAUGAAUUAAUUCUUAAAAAUAAAUCACAUCCCCGUAUCUUUUAUACGCAUUAGCACUAGUUUUACAAUACCAAA